CCCUCUCCCUCCCUCCCUCUGCUGGAGCCCCUCGGGCCAACAGCGGCGGCAGCGAAUGCGAGACAUUUCACGCAUUCAUUAGAAAUAUAAUCCACCGCAAACGGUUACCGGUUCCUGGCCUCAGAACCGGCAAUCGGUUACCGGUUCCUAGCUUCAGAACCGGCCGUCGGUUACCGGUUCCUGGCUCCCGCCGUGAGCGCAGCGCCGGCGCCGAAGGGAACCUGUGGGGGCCGCAGCAGGAGGCGCCAUGGGGGACGCGUUUGUCGGGGACUUGUUCAGCGUCUUCGACGAGGAGGCGGACGAGAAGCCGCUGGGAGUCCCCGCGCCCAGGCAAAAGAAGACUCCAACCAAACGCCCAUAUGGAUGCGAGGAGACUGGGUCCGCAGCCUCGGAAGGGGGAGCCGCAGCCGAUGGAAUCGACGACCUCAUCAGCAGAAAGCGUCUCAAGCUGGAGCGAAAUAUUACCUUUGAACAGAACCUCACCCAGCUCAUGCCCAGAGUGAAGACCGUGAGGGUAGAGACACUGGAGGGCUGCACGCACGAGGUGGCCAUCGGACAGGAGUCUGCUUACGAGACCCUCAAGCUCAGAGUUGGUUUGCCGGCAAAGGAGUAUCCAUUCCUGCUGGACCCGUUCCAGCGGGAGGCAAUCCUAUGCAUUGACAACAGCCAGUCAGUGCUGGUCGCCGCACACACGUCGGCUGGAAAAACCGUCUGUGCCGAGUACGCGAUAGCGCAAGCUCUGCGUGGAAAGCAGCGCGUGAUAUUCACGAGCCCCAUCAAGGCGCUCAGCAACCAGAAGUACCGAGAGCUACACGAGGAGUUCCACGAUGUGGGGUUGCUCACGGGAGACAUCACCAUCAACCCCAGUGCCUCCUGCCUCGUCAUGACCACCGAAAUCCUGAGAAGCAUGCUCUACCGAGGCUCAGAGAUAAUGAGGGAGGUGGCCUGGGUGAUUUUCGAUGAAAUUCACUACAUGCGGAACCCAGAGCGUGGCGUCGUGUGGGAAGAGACCAUCAUCCUUCUGCCAGACAACGUGCACUACGUGUUCCUCUCUGCCACCAUCCCCAACGGCACGCAGUUCGCCGAGUGGAUCUGCCACUUGCACAAGCAGCCAUGUCACGUAGUGUCCACCGACUACCGGCCGACCCCUCUACAGCACUUCAUCUUCCCAGCUGGCGGCGACGGCCUCCUCCUGGUGGUUGACGAAUUUCGUGACUUCAAGGAAGACAACUUCCUGCAAGCGAUGUCCCAACUGCGGGAAGGAGGCGACCCAUCCCGCAAGCGCAAGGGCGGCAAUAAGGGGGAGUCCAAUGUCUUCAAGAUCAUCAAACUGAUCAUGGAACGGAACCUGCAGCCCGUCAUUAUCUUCAGCUUCAGCAAGCGCGAGUGCGAGACCUACGCCGUACAGCUCUCCCAACUCGACUUCAACACGGAGGAAGAGAAGUGCCUGGUGGAGGAGGUGUUCAACAACGCCAUGAGCUGCCUUUCAGAUGAGGACCAGAAGCUGCCGCAGGUGCAACGAGUGCUGCCCAUUCUAAAGCGAGGUAUUGGCAUCCAUCAUGGUGGGCUGCUGCCUGUCCUGAAAGAAACCAUUGAAAUCCUCUUUUCUGAGGGCCUCAUCAAGGCUCUCUUUGCCACGGAGACAUUUGCCAUGGGCAUCAACAUGCCGGCCCGCACCGUGCUCUUCACCAGCGCACGCAAGUUUGACGGCCGCGACCACCGCUGGAUCUCGUCUGGCGAGUACAUCCAGAUGUCGGGCCGCGCGGGCCGGCGCGGCAUGGACGAGCGCGGCACCGUCAUCCUCAUGGUCGAUGAGAAGAUGAGCCCCACCGUAGGACAUCAGCUCUUACAGGGCUCACCCGACCCGCUCAACAGCGCCUUCCACCUCACCUACAACAUGGUGCUGAACCUGCUGCGAGUGGAGGAGAUCAACCCCGAGUACAUGCUCGAGAAGUCCUUCUUCCAGUUCCAGCAGUACAAGGCUGUGCCUGAUCUCCUGGCCAAGUUGCAGGCGCUACAGGGCCGUUACGCAACGCUGGCCGUGCCGGACGAGGCAAGCGCCACCUCCUACUACCACAUCGAGCAGCAGCUGCAGCGCCUGCAUGCAGAGGCGCGCGCCAUCACACUGCGGCCACAGCAUUGCCUGCACGUGCUGCAGCCUGGCCGCCUCGUACAGGUCACACAUGGGAAAGAACACUUUGGCUGGGGUGUUGUCGUCAACUUUCAGCGCAAACCAACAAGCCAGGAGGAGUUCACCCAUGUGGUGGAGGCGCUGUUGCUGUGCUCGGAGGAAAGCGUGCGGAACGCAGCAACGGAGACGCCACGGCCCCCGCAGCCCAAGGAGCGUGGGGAGCUGCAGGUGGUGCCGGUUGCGCUGGAGCUGGUGGAGGCGAUCAGCACAGUGCGGCUCUACAUGCCACCGGACCUUCGCACCCCCGAGGCUCGGCACCAUGUGCUGAAGACCUUGCAGGAGGUGAAGGCUCGCUUCCCAGACGGGGUGCCACUGAUGGACCCCGUGCACGACCUCGGGAUCAAGGACCCCGAGCUGGAGGCCGUGCUGCACAAGACGAGGGCCUUUGCGCAGAGGAGGCUCGCUCACCCGCUGCACACGAGCUCGCAGCGCGACGCCAUCCGCGGCAUCUGUGUCAGCAAGGCCCAGGUGGCGGAGGAGAUGCGCGCCGUCAGGAAAGAGGUGCGCCGUGCACACAUGAUGCUGCAAAUGGACGAGUUGAAGCGGCGCAAGCGCGUGCUGCGCCGGCUCGGAUACUGCACACAGGCCGACGUCAUCCAAGUGAAGGGCCGGGUGGCCUGCGAGAUUACCGCCGGGCACGAGCUGCUGCUCACGGAGCUUGUGUUUGAGGGGAUCUUUAACGAGCUGUCCCCCGAGCAGGCCGCCGCGCUGCUCAGCUGCUUCGUCUUCCAAGAGAAGGCCUCGGAGACGCCGAAGCUCGCCACGGAUUUGGCCGAACCUCUCCGAAAGAUGAAGGAGUGUGCGCGCCGUAUUGGACACGUGUCCGUGGAGGCCAAGCUGCUAGGGAGGGAGGAUGUCCUCCUGGAUGACAUCCGGCCUCAGCUCAUGGAUGUCGUGUACAGCUGGGCCCUCGGAGAGUCUUUCUUCACCAUCACCACCAUGACCGAUGCCUUCGAGGGCAGCAUCAUCCGCUGUUUCCGAAGGCUGGAGGAGCUCCUGAAGGAGAUGGGCAAGGCAGCGCAUGUCAUUGGGAAUUCCGAAUUGGAAGAAAAGUUUAAUAAGGCUGUCACUGCCAUCAAGCGCGACAUCGUGUUUGCGGGCAGCCUGUACCUGUAAUGCUGCCACUCGCGUCACCAAGCCACCAGCCUAUACCCACAGCCCCCACCCUCACCCACAGCCCCCACCCUCACCCACAGCCCCAACCCUCUACCACAGCCCCCACCCUCACCCACAGCCCCCAACCCUCGCCCACAGCCCCCAACCCUCCACUUAACCGUUACCCACCUCCUGACCCUGACCCACAGCGAUCUAAAUUAUGUAGUUGCUGCUGAGUGUUGAAAUGUCUUCGCCAUUUGGCUUUGCUGAUCUUGCUUAAAAGUAACGUAAGCGGUCAGAACACAGCACGUUUUUUACAAACUCGUUUUAAGUAGAGGUGAUUUACAAUUGAGCCAACAGGUUUUGUUUUUAAUAUUGUACAAAGGUGUUUUUAAAGACUUGCUUUGUAAAACACAUGCAUUAAAAGAGGCCUGGGAAGUUGUGGAAAAUCAGUCAAUCGCAUUGGUUUAU